AUGGGUUGUUUACUAUGGAUCCGCCAGUCUUUUCUCUCUUUCAUUUUGUUUCACUUGCAUUUUCAAACGACAAGCUCAUUACUUUUCUCUUCAAAUUUCUUCUCCUCACAACAUUUAUGCUCUCAUGACCAGAGUCUUGCUUUGAUUCAAUUCAAAGAUUCCUUUUCCAUUAAUACUUCUGCUUCUUGGGAGGUUUGUGGGCAUCCCAAGACAAAGCUAUGGAAAGAGGGUACAGAUUGCUGCUCAUGGGAUGGGGUGACGUGUGACAAGAAAACUGGGCAAGUAAUUGAGCUUGACCUCGCUUGCAGCAUGCUUUAUGGCACCCUCCAUUCCAAGAGUCCCCUCUUCUCCCUUCAUCAUCUUCAAAAGCUCGACCUCUCUAACAAUCAUUUCAAUAACUCCCAUUUUUCAUCUCGUUUUGGCCAGUUUCCACAUCUGACACAUCUUAACCUCCAUAACACAGGUUUUUCAGGCCGAGUCCCAUCAGAAAUUUCCCAUCUAUCAAAAUUGGUUUCACUUUAUCUCAAUGGUAAUCUUGAUCUGACACUUGAACCAAUUUCCCUUCACAAACUCGUACAGAACUUAACGAAGCUAAGGGAACUUGAUUUGAGUGGCAUCAACAUGUCAUUGGUUGUACCCAAUUCCUUCAUGAAUUUGUCGUCUUCUUUGUCAUUUCUUUCACUCAUGAAUUGUGGAUUGCAAGGGAAAUUCCCUGGUAACAUCUUUCUCCGACCAAACCUUGAAACAAUCUAUUUGUUCGGUAACGAAGGCCUCAUUGGCUCGUUUCGCUCCUCCAAUGAGAGUAGUGCCCUUGCUUACUUGGAUCUUUCUCAGAAUUUGAUCAUUCUUGUUCUUUCAUCCAUCAAUAAAUUGAGGGGAGAGAUUUCAUCUUCUGUUUGCAAUCUAAAAUCCCUGCAAAUCCUGGAUUUGUCCAACAACAGCUUAAGUGGUUUUGUACCACAAUGUUUGGGAAACUUUAGCAAUAGCCUCUCAGAGUUGAAUCUAGGCAUGAACAAUCUUGAAGGCAAUAUUCCUUCAACAUUUUCAGAGGGGAAUAGCUUGGAAUACCUGAACCUCAACGACAACGAAUUGGAAGGGAACAUACCACGAUCCAUCAUCAACUGUACAAAGUUGAAAGUCCUUGAUCUUGGAAACAACAAGAUAGCGGAUGCAUUCCCCUACUUUCUUGAAAUGCUUCAAGAGCUCAAGGUUCUUGUUCUAAGAAGCAAUAGACUAAAGGGAUUCGUGAAGGGUCCUACUACCAAAUAUGCCUUCUCCAAAUUAAGAAUUUUUGACCUCUCCGGCAAUAAUUUCAGUGGCCCAUUGCCAACAAGGUAUUUCAUUGGUCUUGAAGCAAUGAUGACCUUCGAUGAAGAUAUGAUUUACUUGAGGGGGACAAAUUUCACUGGUUAUAAUUAUUCUGUAAGAAUGACAUGGAAAGGGUUGGCAACCAAGUUUUCGAAAAUCCAAAGUACCCUCACAUCAAUUGAUUUGUCAGACAACAAUUUCAGAGGAGACUUGCCAGAUUCCAUCAGAAAGCUUAAAGCAUUUGAACAGCUUAACCUCUCUCACAAGUCCCUUAGAGGUUACAUUCAGCCUUCAUUGGGGACUUUGACCAAUUUGGAAUCGUUAGACCUAUCCUCAAAUUUGCUUAGUGGGAGGAUUCCUAGGCAAUUGGCAGAUCUAACAUUUCUUCAAGUCUUAAACCUUUCAUACAAUCUACUUGAAGGACCCAUACCUGAAGGAAAACAGUUCAACACGUUCGAUCGAGGCUCAUUUGAAGGAAACUUGGGUUUAUGUGGAUUUUCUAUUACGAAAGAAUGCAGCAGUGGAAAGACACCGCCAUUAGCUCCAUCAUGCAUGAAAGGAGGUCAUUCAACAUUGUUUGAAGAAGGAUUUGGGUGGAAAGCUGUGGCAAUGGGGUAUGGUUGCAGAUUUGUGUUUGGAACCACAAUAGGAUACAUUGUGUUUAGAACAGGAAAACCUGCAUGGCUCGUGAGGAUGGUUCAAGGACAGCGGUAUCAGAAGACAAGUAGAACUAAGAGUGCUCGUAUAAAUCCUAUAUUAUGA